GCUGAGGCCUCAGUACACGCGCGACCGUUUCACCGUGUGGACGUCAGAUCCUCUGAGCUCCUCUCCAAAAUCCCCGCCAAGUCCCAGCCGAAAAAACCUCCGGAGAAUUCCGCGAGUGACGUCUGUCCGGAGAACCCCAAAAACCACCUCCAGAGCAUCCAAACCCCACCGUUAACACCCGAAACACCUGGAUCGAUAGACAGGUACCACGUGCUUCAAGGUCACCGCGUAGAAAAUCUCCAGACGCGCCGUGACGCAGUCACUGAAUUGUCCCCGGUAAAAAAAAAUCACCUGGUGAAAAUGCCCGCCGAUGCAGAGCUCAGCACAAUCCUGAGUCGUCGUCAGAAGAUCAAUGAUCAGCUCGAGGAGGGCAAGGAAGUCAAGAAACAGUACAAAUUCGUCAAUGUUUACACGGAAUUUCAUGAACUGUCUCGUCGAGAGAUCAAGCAGUAUGAGCAAACCUUCAACAGGUUUGACGACGGAAAGGACGGGUUUCUGGAUCUCGCGGAGUUGAAGAGAAUGAUGGAAGUCCUCGGAGCACCACAAACUCAUUUGGGGCUCAAGGCCAUGAUCCAGGAAGUCGACGAAGACGGGGACGGGCGCAUCUCGUUUCGCGAGUUCUUGCUCAUCUACAGGAAAGCUCAUGCUGGAGAAUUGGAACAGGAUUCUGGUCUCGGACAAUUAGCCAGAUUGACAGAAGUGAAUGUCGAAGAAGUUGGAGUUACUGGAGCUAAAAACUUCUUCGAGGCUAAGAUUGAACAGUUGCGAAAGUCUAGCAAAUUUGAAGAUGAAAUUCGAAUGGAGCAGGAGGAACGACGGCGUGAAGAAGAGGAAAAGGCAGCAAGGCGUGCGCAAUUUCGUGAAAGAGCUGCUAUUUUCGGGAAGAAUUAAGUCUGAGUUUUACAAAUGUAGAGUUACGUAUUCUCUUUUUAUAGAUUCUAGGAUAAUUUCAACAAGUUCGCAAUAUUAAAUUUUAGAGAGUUCAAUUUUAAAUUCUCGGUGUUAUUUGGGCUGAAAUUAUAUUUUAGAAUGGAAAUGUUACAAAAAAGAAUUUCGAAAAUUAUCGAUUGUUGGCGUGCAAUUUGACUGAAGUUUUAACGUGUUCUAAAAAAAUUGAGAGUAUAAAUACGCGAGUGAAAAAAAAAGCAAUUUAAAUUCUACAUAAGUGUUUAAUGUUUAACAAGUGUUUUGUAUUUUAAACCGUCAUAACACAAAUUAUCGUCAUUUAUCUGUCCACAUAAACCAGUAAUUUCUCAUUUCGUAAUUCGUAAUUUCUUCGUUUAGAUUCAUGUGUACAUAAAUUUAUUUCUCCAUUUUUUGUUCGUUAAUGUAAUGCCUUAGAUUUUUAAGCUUUUGAGAACCUUAAUUGUGAUAAAAUGAAAAGUUAACGAAUUAAA